AUGUCCCUGCGGCUGGUGGGUGGAGGGAGCCGGUGCGACAGACGAGUGGAGAUCUUCCAGCACGGGACGUGGGGCAGAGUCCUGGAUGAGCAGUGGGACGUGCAGGAGGCCAGCGUGGUGUGCCGGCAACUGCAGUGCGGAGAGGCAGAGACAGCCUACAAUCCCCCGAAGGCUGAGAGAGGGACGGGUCCCGUGGGGCUGCGAGGGGUCCGGUGUGCAGGGCACGAGGCCAACCUGACCCUCUGCAACACCUCCCUGCCUGCAAGUGCACCAGGAGCAGGGAUUGCAGAGGACGUGGGGGUCGUUUGCAGGGGUGUGGCACUGCACGGGCCCCCCCAGGCUCUGAGCUGGGUGGGCACCAGCCCCUGAUGGCAGAUGGGGUUUCUUCCCGCUGCAGGGAGCCGGCAGGUCCGGCUGGUGAAUGCGACUGGGCGCUGUGCGGGAAGAGUGGAGAUCUACUACCAGGGCAGCUGGGGGACCAUCUGCGAUGAUGGCUGGGACCUGUCUGAUGCCGCAGUCGUUUGCCACCAGCUGGGCUGCGGAGGGGCAGUGGAGGCAGUUGGCUCUGCUAAGUUCGGGGAAGGCUCUGGUCAGAUCUGGCUGGAUGGUGUGAACUGCUCCGGGGCCGAAGCUACCCUCUGGGACUGCCCGGCAGGGUCCUGGGGGCAGCACGACUGCGGGCACAAAGAGGACGCAGGAGUCGUCUGCUCAGAGUUUGUGGCCCUGAGGUUGGAGAACAGCAGCAGCUGCUCCGGGCGCCUGCAGGUUUUCUACAACGGGACGUGGGGGAGCGUUUGCUCCAACUCAAUGACUCCCAAAACUUGGUCGCUGGCAUGCAAAGAGUUGGGCUGCGGGGAUGGAGGGUACCUGCAUACACCCCCGCUCUACCACAACUUCUCUGGUCCCACCUGGUUGGAUCGUGUGGAGUGUGGGGAGAGAAACAGCUCCUUCUGGCAAUGUCCCUCCACUCCCUGGCACCCGCAGUCAUGCGAUGACCUGCGAGAUGAGACCCACAUCACCUGCAAUGGGGCUGCAGAGGUGAGGCUGGAAAAUGGUGGCGGACGCUGUGCUGGAAGAGUGGAGGUGCAACACCAGGGCCAGUGGGGGACUGUCUGUAGUGACAGAUGGGACAUGGCCGAUGCCGCAGUGGUUUGUAAGCAGCUGGGCUGUGGGUCUGCUCUUGAAGCUCCUAAGUACGCAACCUUUGGGCCAGGAUCUGGCCCCAUUUGGAUGGAUGAAGUUCGCUGUCGUGGCACCGAGUCUGCCCUCUCUGACUGUACACACAACGGAUGGGGUCAACACAACUGUUAUCACAGUUGGGACGCUGGAGUGAGGUGUUCAGGGUUUUUCCAGCUGGUCGGAGGGGACAGCCCCUGCUCAGGACGUGUGGAGAUCCGUGAUGGGAACCAGUGGAAAACUGUCUGUGACUCAGACUUUGGUCCCAAAGCCGCCAACAUGGUCUGCAGGGAGCUGAAGUGCGGCACAGCCCUGUCCGUGCCCGGGUCAGCUCACUUUGGAGAAGGUGUGGGUCCCAUCUGGGACAGAGAGCUGCAGUGUGAGGGGAAUGAAGCCUUUCUCGCCUCCUGCCCCAGGGGGUCCCCCAGGGACCAGCCCUGCACCCACGCAAACGAUGCCGGUGUCACCUGCACACGGUUCAGGCUGGUGAAUGGCAGCACGGCGUGUGAGGGGAGGGUGGAGGUCCAGGUGCUGGGGACCUGGGGCACUCUCUGUGCCUCCCGCUGGGAUCUCUUGGACGCCCACGUUCUCUGUCGUCACCUCGACUGUGGAUUUGCUGAGUCUCUUCCUGGAGGAGGGCAUUUUGGGAGAGGCACCGGCCCCGUCUGGAGAGACUCAUUCCACUGUGAUGGGACUGAAGCCCACCUGGGACAGUGCCCAGUGACUGCCCUGGGGGCCUCGCCAUGCUCCCACGAGAACGAUGCUGCUGUCAUUUGCUCAGGGCACGAGGCCAACCUGACCCUCUGCAACACCUCCCUGCCUGAGAGUGCACCAGGAGCAGGGAUUGCAGAGGACGUGGGGGUCGUUUGCUGGGGCAGCCGGCAGGUCCGGCUGGUGAAUGCGACUGGGCGCUGUGCGGGAAGAGUGGAGAUCUACUACCAGGGCAGCUGGGGGACUAUCUGCGAUGAUGGCUGGGACGUGUCUGAUGCUGCAGUUGUUUGCCAGCAGCUGGGCUGCGGAGGGGCGGUGGAGGUGGUUGGCUCUGCUAAGUUCGGGGAAGGCUCUGGUCAGAUCUGGCUGGAUGGUGUGAACUGCUCCGGGGCCGAAGCUACCCUCUGGGACUGCCCGGCAGGGUCCUGGGGGCAGCACGACUGCGGGCACAAGGAGGACGCAGGAGUCGUCUGCUCAGAGUUUGUGGCCCUGAGGUUGGAGAACAGCAGCAGCUGCUCCGGGCGCCUGCAGGUUUUCUACAACGGGACGUGGGGGAGCGUUUGCUCCAACUCAAUGACUCCCGAAACUUGGUCGCUGGCAUGCAAAGAGUUGGGCUGCGGGGAUGGAGGGUACCUGGAUACACCCCCGCUCUACCACAACUUCUCUGGUCCCACCUGGUUGGAUCGUGUGGAGUGUGGGGAGAGAAACAGCUCCUUCUGGCAAUGUCCCUCCGCUCCCUGGCACCCGCAGUCAUGCGAUGACCUGCGAGAUGAGACCCACAUCACCUGCAAUGGGAGACGGCCAGAAACACCCCCGGCCCUAGGGACCCUGUGCCCUAACUCCACAAGCUGCACAGACAGGGAGAAGAUUCGUGCCAUGGGAGGCGAGAACGGCUGCUCGGGCAGAGUGGAGAUCUGGCACCGCGGCUCCUGGGGGACGGUGUGCGACGACUCCUGGGACAUGCGGGAUGCCGAGGUGGCAUGCAGGCAGCUGGGCUGUGGCCCCGCAGUGUCUGCUCUGAAUGAGGCUGCAUUUGGGGAGGGGACAGGCCCCAUCUGGCUGGAGCAGGUGGAGUGCCGGGGGACAGAGCCGUCUCUGCAGGACUGCUGGGCCCGGCCUGGGGACAGCGGUGCCUGCCGGCAUAAGGAGGAUGCUGCUGUGAACUGCUCAGAUCCCACGCGGGGCCGUCCGACCGGCAGCAGGAGUGUCUCAUUGCCCGUCAUCAUCUGCAUCAUCCUGGGAGCCCUUCUCUGCCUGCUCCUGGCCCUCCUGGCAGGGCAAGUGCGAAGCGCCAGGGCUGGGCGCAGAGGCUCUGAGAGAGCUUGGGAGCCCUUCCCUGAGGCCGUCUAUGAGGAGAUUGGUUACAGCCCAGCUUUGGAGAAGCAGGCAAGGUUCAGCGGCUCAGGCUCCUAUUCAGAGGGUUCCCUGACCAAGCUGCAGCCCUACCCUGGGGACAGCAAGGAGGAGGAUGGUCCAGGGUCAGCACCAGACAUCCCUGUCCUGGCUGGAGGUGACCCAGUGGAUGGCUACGAUGAUGCCAGGGAGGCUUCCGACCCUGGGGAGCAUCCUGCCCCUGGGCAGGAAGGCUGGGAAAUGCCCAGGGCACCAGAGGAGGGAGAAGGGCCCAGGGAUGCACCUGGAGUACCCACCUGGGGUGCCUUGAGUUCACAGACACUGCUCUUCGUCCUCUUGCUCAUCAUCUACACUGCAACUGUCUUUGGGAACAUCCUCAUCGUUGUGCUGGUGAUGGCAGAUCAGCACCUGCACACCCCCAUGUACUUCUUCCUGGGCAAUCUCUCCUGCUUGGAGACCUGCUACAGCUCCACCAUCCUGCCCUGGCUGCUGGCCAGCUUCCUGACUGGGGACAAGACCAUCUCUGCUCCCGGCUGCAUGGCUCAGUUCCACUUCUUUUCUAGUUUUGCAGGUACUGAGUGUUACCUGCUGGCGGCCAUGUCCUAUGAUCGGUACUUGGCCAUAGGCCAGCCUCUGCUCUACGCAAGCAUCAUGACCUGGAGGCGAAUCCAGAAUCUCAAGCAGCAGCUAACAGAGACCAGAGCUCUUGGGUCACUGGUAGAUGGGCACUGA